ACUGAACACUACAGAUAUUGAAAGGGUUGAAGGCUCGCUAGCAAAAUGGCAAGCGCGAGUCCACCGAAGGCUGCACGUCCACUGACCUGGAUUGAUGACAUCAAUUUUAUGCUAGGUAGUGGUUACUAUGCACUUAACAUCGCGCUGACAGCUACCUAUGUCGUCGUCCGCGAGAACUACCGGCACAAGCCGCUCGCGAGCCAGAACAUGCUCAUUUUCGGCGAAGUCAACGACUUUGAGAGCUGGGAGCGCUACCUAGGCUUCCUGUGCGGCAUGUACGGGCUCUUCAGGGCCUACAAGGCACGCUCCCGGCAGGCGGCCAUCGCCUCGCUGGUUGACUACGCCCAGAUAUUCGUGGCGGUCAUGGCGCUGGUAUGCAGCCCCUUCCUGCUAGCCUACUACGUGAUUGCCUACCUCCUCAUCUACCUGCUGUUCCCGCAGCCCAUGCUGCCGCUGCAUGAGCGGCUGGACAAGCUGACGCCCGAGGCGGUGCUGGACGACGUGCGCACACCCGGCUGCGACACCACCUGGGUCAUCUACCACUACGCGCCCUACCACCGCGAGUGCCGCCUGGUGGCUCCAGUGGUGGCCGACCUGGCGGCGCGCUACGCCACCGACCGCCUCAAGUUCGGCGCCCUGGACGUGGGCGAGUUCACCAAGACCGCCCAGCGCCUGGGGCUGGACCUCAGCGCCGUCAGCCCCAGCCUGCCCGCCCUCAUCCUGUACGACAAGGGGGAGGAGGUGGCGCGGCUGCCGUACAAGCGCGGGCGCGGCGGGCUGGCGGGCGGCGGCUGGACGGGCAAGGAUGUGGUGAAGGCGUUUGAGCUGGACAUGCGGUACACGCGCUCGCUGCAGAAGGCGGAGGGCAAGAAGGCGCAGUAGUGCAGGAGGGGGCGCAGGAGUAGCGGGCAGGCGGGUGUGGGUGGUGCGUCAAGCCAAGGGGUAGUGGACCGGGGGGGGGGGGGCAGUAUGACUGGUGUGCUCAGUGCAGGUACCGGGUGGGCGGAGGUCGGCCCCGAGGGCGGCCGGGUGUGAGGAGGUAUACAGUAGGUUGGUGGCGGUGGUGGUGCACGGCCGUGUGACGGCGUUGCCAUACAUCUGGAAGCGCGCAUCGAUGCAUGAGAUGCAUGCAGCCGGUGACACACGAGGCGGCGGAGAGAUGCACGGCCGUGUUAUUGCCAGGGCUUGAGGGAGCUCAGGGCGCAGACGAGAUUGGGGUGGCUGUUGCGAGCAUGGCUGCGCCGACGGCCCGACCGAGCCGCCAGGUAGGGGGGCAGACGUACGGGCUGGUGCUGGCCUGGCUGUAUGACUGAGGGGGCUUCACUUGGUGCGCGUGCAGCUGUGGUUACAGCUUGAAACGAACGAGAAACCGUGCUACGGAACUGCUGAUGUGCACAGCUCGGGCUGCUAUGGCCCACGGGGAACACACUUCAAACCGUCUCGGUGUGUGCCGGUGCGUCGGUCGCCGCUGUUGCUGCAGCAUGGGCGCUUGGGUGCACUUGCAUAAUUGUUGUUGUGCCGUCCCUAAUCAAGGCUGUCACACGACAACUGUGUAAAGCGCUGGCUUC